AUGCCUAUACCGCAGCCAAUGCAGCCACAGUACAACGCGGGGAACCCGGCCGGCGACCAGGUGAUGCGUUGGAAUGGAAUGGGCGACCCCUCGAGCUUCAUGAACGGUGCUGAUGGUAUCAUGGAUGGGAAUGCUCAUGUUGGGAACUCUUUUGGUCUGGUUCCGGCACAGCCACAAUAUGCUCAGCCUGUGUCGACGCCGUCGAACACACUUGCUCGACGGCAAAUGAAUCGCGCGCUUGUUCCGACCAAUACCCGACCCUAUGAUGGAGCAGUAGAACAAUGGGGAAACUUUGUUGGUGAUGAUAAUGCUCUGCUUCAACAAAACCCCUCUGAGAACUUGAAUGAGCAAGACAACGUUGAGAUAUUGGAGGAGAUGGCCCAGAAGGCCAAGCGAGAGGCGCAAGCAAAGCGCAAGCAGAUUCCCCCUUUCGUGCAAAAACUGAGCAGUUUCCUGGAGGAGCGCAAAAACGAAGAUUUGAUUCGAUGGUCAGAAAAGGGAGAUUCGUUCAUUGUGCUUGAUGAGGAUGAGUUUGCAAAGACUCUGAUUCCAGAACUGUUCAAACACAACAAUUAUGCAUCCUUUGUUCGACAGCUCAAUAUGUAUGGCUUCCACAAACGCGUGGGUCUGUCGGACAACUCAAUGCGAGCCAGUGAGCGCAAGAAUAAGAGCCCUAGCGAGUACUCAAACCCAUAUUUCCGACGCGGACACCCAAAUCUCCUGUGGCUUAUCAACAAGCCCAAGAGUGGAAGCAAAGCAAAGAAGGGUGCCAAGGGUACUGAAAUCGAUAACGACAGUGAGGACGAGGGUGCAACCGAGGAGAUCCUCGCGUCUGGGCUAGGGGCCUCUGCAGCCCAGCCUCCUCGAUCAUUACCGGCUGGUGAUUCUCAGCCCAUACCAAAGAAAGAGUUGACUCUGGUUCGAGAAGAAUUGGGCAAAGUCCGAGAACAACAGAAAUUGAUUCUCGGUGCCAUUAAUCGAUUACAAAGAAACAACAACGAUCUUUAUCAACAGGCGGUCAUGUUUCAGAAUCAGCACGACCGUCAUCAGAAUUCUAUCAACGCCAUUCUUAACUUUCUUGCCAAUGUCUUUCGAAAAACACUGGAGGAUCAGGGCAACUCGCAGAAUGUAAAUGAUAUUAUUUCGAGCAUGCUCACGAAUCAGAAUCAACAGUCCGCCCAACAUGGCAGCGUGGUCGAUCUUGGAGACUUCAUCCAACAGAUGGAUCCUUCAUCAUAUGGCACACCUCAUAAGAAGGCUCGCGAACUCCAAGAGAAUUCACCUAGCGACACAAAUUCCCCCACUCUCCGUCAGGAACUAGAGGCAAAUCCUCAUGAGCAGAUGUUGAAGAUGAUCAAUGAACACAAUGCAACCAACAAUCAUGGCAUGGAUCUGCCAGAGGCUGCCGAGCUUGUGGCCAACGCCCCCAACACGUUGAGUAAUGCCCAACGAAGCAAAUUGGUGCUCACAUGGCCAUGCCAACUAUGCCUACCUCAACCUCCGUCUCACCUCCACCCCCGUCCGCUUUCCCCUAUCAUGGGACCUCCCAUGGCCCCGCCGUCCUUGAACGAGAUCAACACCAACCAGUUGGAUCUAGAUCAACUUCAUCGUCUUCAGAGCGAGCAGGAUGCAAAGAUUAGCGAACUUGGUAGUAUACUCGGACCACUGAGUCCUUCCGGGCAUGUACCUGGUCUAGGGGAUACCGAGGCUUACUUUGAUCCUCAUCCAGCAGAUUUCGAUCAGUUUUUUGACAGCAACGCUUUAUUUGGCGAUGGGCAGUACAACACCGAUGGCACUGAUUUCAACUUCAGCCUUGAUACAGACCAAAGUCACCCGAAUUCGUCACUACAUACCGGGCAUCCUAUUCCCCAUGUGAGCCACCACAAUACUCCGAGUCCUGCAGGUACAGAAGAAAUUACCCGCAGUGACCUACGGCUAGACAGCACGCCCGAUCGAGGAAUUAAGCGGCAACGCGUGGGCUAA